CUAUCUUUUUUUAUGAACAAAUUAUAAGGCAAACGCGUCAAAAAAGAAGAUGCUUAUAGGUUAAGAUACUUCCUCCACUUAAAACCCUAAAAAUAUAAUAAAACAAAAAGAAUAAUAAGAAUAACCACAAAGAAAAACAAGAUAAAGCCUCCUCCCUCUCCAUCUUCACUUUAAUGCUUUAUUACUUUCUUUCCUCUGCUAUUCCACUAUAGUGUGAUUCUCCACCAUCUCCCUAAAGAGCCAUCAAACUUUAUUAAAGAGAAAAAAAAAAUAAAAACGCAAAAGGAUUGAACACCACCACCAUGGUUUUCUCUUCUAUUCCAUCUUAUUUAGAUCCUCUCAAUUGGCAGCAACAAGCAAAUCAACAUCAGUUGCUUCCAUCACUAUCCUCACAGCAACAUGGUGCAGGCUCAAUAAUCAGGCCUGGUUCGAUACCGAAUCAAGUUCAAGUUCAAGCUCAAGCUCAGGCUCAAACAGGCCAGACUCAGGACGUUCAAACAGGUCAGACUCAGGCUCAGGCUCAGAUAGCUAAAUUACCGCAACCAGAAACAGCUUUAAAGUGUCCUCGUUGCGAAUCAACCAACACGAAAUUUUGUUACUACAACAACUAUAACUUAUCUCAACCAAGACACUUUUGUAAGACGUGUAGGCGAUACUGGACGAGAGGGGGUGCAUUGAGAAAUGUUCCGGUUGGUGGAGGGUGCCGGAGAAGCAAGAAAACCAAAAAGAGUAACACCACUACUACUACUCCUUCCAAAUCUUCAAUAUCUAAUGGUAGUGAAAAAGAUUAUUCAACAAGUGCAAUCCAUUCAACUUCAACACCUUUUGGAGAAUUCUUGAAUCCAAGUAACAAAACCUACAUGAACAUGACAUCUCUUCAGAAUCUGAGUCGCUACGGUGUUGGAAACGUUGCUAAUAUGGGGUUUCAGAUUGGAGAUUAUAGUGGAGGUGGAGAAGGUGGUGGCGGAGUUGUGGAUCAGUGGCGGUUUCAGCAAUUUCCUUUCAUGAAUAAUGGUUUUGAAUCAACUACUUCAAAUGUUUCUUUCCCAUUCCAAAGUGAAAUUGUUGAACCACAAACUUCUUCUAGGGCUAAUACUCCGAUGAUGACUGCAUCGGUUAAAUCCGAACACUACGGAGGUUUGAACUUCUUAAGAUCUCCUCUGAGCGUCUCCGAGAAUCACAACAACCAUUACAAUUCAUGGCCUGAUUUUUCUGGUCUCGCAUCUUCUUCUGCUAGUCGUCUGUUGUAACUUUCUUCGUCUGCACUACAAGAAAAAGUUGAAAUAUUAACGAGAAUUAGAGACGGAAAAAAAUUUAAAUUGAUCUUUAAUUUUGAAAUCUCUAACGAAUAUUUUAGAGACGAAAUUAGAGAUGAAUUUAUGUUUUUUCGGUUUCUAAUUCACUUUUUGUUUUAGUAAUUUGUACGCAGUCGAAUUUGCAUCGUCUUUGUUGUUGCUCUUUGCUUAUCAGUUAUCACAUCCAAGGGCAUCAAGAUUUACAAGUUCCACUAUCUUCGGCGAAAAUCAAGACCAAUAGUGUUGAAACAAAUCAAGAGAAGCAUGGUAGAAUUUGGUUUUUUUUCUUGUAUAUUUUAAUUUUCAUUGAUUAAUUGUUUAUGUUUAUGCAUGGAGUGAGUUUCUUUUGUACUAUUUGAACUUAAUGUGUGUUUGUAGUAAUCAUCAACUAUUAUGUGAUUGCUUUCAGAAGUUAUUAUGAUAUCA